AUCUUCUUCUCAUCUCUGUUCAAGAAACCAUAAAAGCUUCCAUCAACUCAACCACUCCUCUAUUCAACUACACACCUGCCCCGCCACCAUGACAACCAGCGAACAGGACUCCGCCGCCGCGCUCCGCCGGAAGAGAAACCUCAAGUGCCUCGCCUAUGUAGUCGCAGGGGUCAUCGGACAAACCAUGAUCAUAGUCGUCUUCGCCCUAGUCAUCAUGCGAAUCCGAACCCCUAGGGUUCGGCUGAGCUCGGUGAGCGUCGAAACCCUAGUCACCAACUCCACCGCCUCGUCCCCUUCCUUUAGCAUGAGACUAACCGCUGAACUCAGCGUAAAGAACACAAAUUUUGGCAACUUCAAGUAUGAAAGCAGCAAUGUUACCAUAUCCUAUAGGGGGACUCCGGUCGGGGAUGCCAUUAUUAAUAAGGCCCAGGCUUGGUUUCGGUCGACGAAGAAGGCGGACAUCGCCGUAAGCUUGAGCUCGGACAAGGUUGGGUUGGAUGGUUCACAGCUGGGCGGUGAUUUGAAUUCAAGUAGAAUAAGCUUGGUGGCGGAAGCCAAGCUGAUGGGGAAAGUGCACUUGUUCUUUGUGUUCAAGAAGAAGAAGAGCGUUGAAAUGAAUUGCACCGUGGAUGUCAAUACAGAGACCAAGAACGUAGAGAACUUGACUUGCAAGUGAUAGAAAUGAGGCCUAAGCUAGCUUAAAUUAGUUUUCUGAUUUUUGAUUUGUUUUGUUUUGUUUUUUUUUUUUUUGGGAUUUUGGUGGCAGUUUGAAUUUAUAAUUUUUAAUGUUAUUUAUAGUACAACGAUCCAUUUUUUUGGUUUUGUAUCCCAGCCAAUAUCCCGGGUAGCCGCAGUAAGGACUUCACUUUUGGACCUACCUGGGUAUGGAAUCCAUUCCCGUGUCUAUCUGGGAUAGGGUUGGAAUACGAAACACAAAAAUGUUCAUUUUUUUUUUUUUCUCAUAUACAUUUAUGGAGAGACCUGUGUGUGAAAUAAUUGUCUCUCUCUUUUGUUUUUUUUAUUUGGUAAAAUAAUAAUAAAAUUAAAUAACAUUGAUAG